ACUCAGAAGGGCAUCUGAGACACCUCCACCUCCUUUUGCUCACGUCUUUCUUCCUUACCACCUGGGAAUCGCUGGGAGCCGUUAGACCUGAAGGUGGGGUCACCUGCUACCCCAGACUUGAGUCUGUCCUCCAGAACAACUCUUAGGGUAAAACCAGGUGGCGGUGGCAGCGGCAGUGGUAGCGGCGAGACCUGGCGGCGGGCAGGGCCGGCAGAAGCGUCCUGCACUCUUGCGCCUAGAGCCCCUCUGCGCCGCGGGACACCAUGAGCGGCCGAGUAGGGGACCUGAGCCCCCAACAGCAGGAGGCAUUGGCCAAGUUCCAGGAGAACCUCCAGGACCUGCUGCCCACCUUGCCAAAGGCUGAUGACUACUUCCUCCUGCGCUGGCUUCGAGCUCGGAACUUUGACCUGCAGAAGUCUGAGGACAUGCUCCGGAAGUACAUGGAGUUCCAGAAGCAACAGGACCUGGACAACAUCCUUGCAUGGCAGCCCUCAGAGGUGAUCCAGCUGUAUGACUCGGGUGGUCUGUGCGGCUAUGACUAUGAAGGCUGCCCUGUGUGGUUUGACAUCAUUGGGACCCUCGACCCCAAGGGUCUUUUCCUGUCAGCCUCCAAGCAGGAGCUGAUCCGGAAGCGCAUCAGGGUCUUUGAGUUGCUUCUGCAGGAGUGUGAGCUACAGAGUCAAAAGCUGGGCAGGAAGAUUGAGAUGGUGCUGUUGGUGUUUGACAUGGAGGGACUGGGUCUGAAACACCUGUGGAAGCCAGCUGUGGAGGUCUACCAGCAGUUUUUUGCCAUCAUGGAAGCAAAUUAUCCUGAGACCGUGAAGAAUUUAAGUGUUGUUCGAGUUCCAGGCCUUCCAGUAUGGCAGACUGAUCCUUUUGUAACAUAUAAAAUCCUGCACUGCUAUAUUGCAGCAAUGUCGACCCCCAAACUUUUCCCAGUGGCCUUCAACUUGGUUAAGUCGUUCAUGAGUGAGGAGACACGCAAGAAGAUAGUGAUCUUGGGAGACAACUGGAAGCAGGAGCUGAUAAAGUUCAUCAGCCCCGACCAGCUGCCUGUGGAGUUUGGGGGGACUAUGACUGACCCUGAUGGCAACCCCAAGUGCCUAACCAAGAUCAACUACGGGGGCCAGGUGCCCAAGAGCUACCACCUAUGCAAGCAGGUGAGGAUGCGGUACGAGCACACAGUGACGGUGGGCCGUGGCUCCUCCCAGCAGGUGGAGAAUGAGAUCCUGUUCCCAGGCUGUGUGCUCAGGUGGCAGUUUGCAUCGGAUGGUGGAGACAUUGACUUUGGGGUUUUCCUGAAGACCAAGAUGGGGGAGCGGCAGAGGGCUGGGGAGAUGACGGAGGUGCUGCCCAGCCAGCGCUACAAUGCCCACCUGGUACCUGAGGAUGGGAGCCUCGCCUGCCUCAAGAUGUCCUGCGCUUUGACAACACCUAUAGCCUGCUGCAUGCCAAGAAGAUCAGCUAUUCUGUGGAGGUGCUGCUCCCUGAUAAGGCAUCUGAGGAGAAAUUGCAGGGUCUCAAGGCAACAAGACCUUCUCCAGUGCAAUGAACACCCUGGCUGCCUCUGUGCCUACUCUCUUCAACCCCUUCACACCCCACUCCAUGCUCCUGCCUUCCCAGGCAAAGUGGCACUGAUGGUCACAGAGAGCCACCUAUCCUACAUCAGCAUCUCAGCCACUGUGGGCCCAUUUGCACAGUGGCCAAGCAAGGGGGAGGAAAACAGAUGAGCUUCUCAUCCCCUGUUCAAAGGCUGACCUUUCCAGUGCCCAGUCAGGACUACCUACCACCUGCUCUGCAGUGUAAACUGUACCCAACAGAGUAGACCUAGGAAUGAACUGAGGAAGCCAUCAACUUGAGCCAGUGUGGCUUGGUGGAUUGACUCUGAGUGGCGAUGAAGCCAUCACCUGGAGCCUGGCAGCCCAGGCUGUGCUGCCCUGCCCCCUGGUCUCUGACUGGGCCAUGCCAAGGGCCACCAAUAUUUCAGAGUUGGAAGAGAAACCCAGGUCAUCUUCCAGCCCCUUGCUUUGCCUCUUGAGAGGAAAGUGUUGCUGUGGGCCCCGCUAAGAAGGGUUGGCUUAGGUUGGGGACACAAGAUGGGACAAAGUGAAGUGUGGGGUUUCUGGGGUAGGAGGGAAGGCCCAGAGUUUAGAGAAGCUGCCAAGAAAUUUGUGCCUCUCAGUGGGUUGUGACAGGUAGGCUUCACUCUUUAACACCUACUGUGUGCCACAGCUGAGCUGAGGCACAAAGCUUCCUCUCCAGCUUACUCAUGAGCUGAGGCUCAGUGCAGGAAGUGACCUGACCUGUUACACAUCAUAAAGAGGAGGAGGUAAGAUGUGAACUUGAGUGGGUAUGCAGUGGGAAGGGGUAGGGGAUAGGCUUGGUGACCUCAGAGAGAAAGCAGCUGGGCCCCUGCUCAGGAGCUCAGAUGCUCAUGGUGACUCCUGCCUUCAGCCACCAGAGAGCAGUAUUGCCCUGGCAGCAUCUCUGCCCACCAGGAGCAUGAAGAGGGCUCCCUUGCCUCCAGACAGCUCAUGGAAGGGCUGCUUCACAGGCAUGCUGAGGCCCAAGAGGUUGAGUUCACCAAGUCUGGGUUGUUUGAGGCCGUCUGGAAUGACAGAAAGAAGUGGUCUGACUUCAGUUCAGAUCCUGGCUCUGCCCCUUGCUGACUGGACUCCAUCUUCUGUGCAUGCCUUAUCAAGCCUCCAUCAACCCUGGAUUAGAUUAUUAGGAGUCCAUGGGCCUUCUUGUGCCCAUUCCUAUCCCCUUCCAUGCUGAUUCCACAGGGCAGCCAUAAAAGUCUUUCUGAAAUGAAAGUUUGAUCACAUCUCUUCCUGUGUAAGCCUUUCACUGACGCUCCACUUCUCCCUGGAUGAAAUCAGGCUUGUUGGUGUCUUACAAGAAACUCUGUGACCUGGCACCACACCUGUGUUCCAGUUUCACCUAACAACCUGAAUUUACCAAUUCUUCCAGCUCCUUGCUGAUUCCUUGCCUUUGCUAGGACUCCCUCCCCAACCUCAUUCUGCAUACCCUCAAGACCACUGGAGUCCUCUUCUGGAAGGUUUUCCUUAGGCUCCAACCUGACCUGCGGUCUAGCAGAAUAGGGACCCUCCUCCAUACUCAUGGAGCAACUGGACCAGUGCUUGUCACGUAAUAGAGCCAUCAUCUGCCUUAUGUCCAUCUCCUAUUUGCCCCCAGCUGUUAGCCCAAGCUUCACUCCCCAGAUGUUCCAAAAUCCUGGCAAAAAAAUAAUAAUAACAUAAAUGCAAUUUAUUGAGCACCUGCAUAGACCUGCUGCCCUACCUACUGGUCAUCCUCCAUCUUACAGGGAAGCAAAGUGACAGUGUCAUUGCCCAGUGGUUGCACUAGGACUGGAAUUUGAAAUACCUAACUCCACAGUCAUGUGUCUCUUUGUCAGUUUUCCAUCACCAUAGUGAAAUAUCUGAGGCCACUGACUUAUAACAAGGAAAGGGUUAUUUGUGUUUCCAGUCCUGGGCCUUUGGUGAAGGUGGCACAUCAUAACGGAGUGCAUGGCAGAGCAAAAUAACUUAUGUAAUGAACCAGGAAACAGAAGAGACUAGAGUCUGUAAGCCCAAGAUGGUUAUAGUUAGGUUGCUUCACAGAGGCUUCAGGUGGGCUAUGAUUUUAGCAUGUAGACAAGGUCAUAAACACCUUGGUUCAGCAUAUGUUCUCAAGGUCAUAAGCAUUUGCUUGUGAGCAUGCACUCUCUUAUGUAACCUGUUGACAAUGUGCCUUCUUUGUUUGGCCUGCAUAUAAAAAAGCCUAUGGAAAGACUAGGGGAUUGAGGGCUUGCCACCUCUGAAUAAAGCAUGUCUACUAUCCCAACUGCACUUCACAUCUUCUUUCACCUGCCAGGAUCCUGAAUCGGUUUCCCAGGGUCUGAGCCUCAGUCCCACAGAGUCCCACAUCCCCUUCCAGGGAAAACCUUCAGUGACCUAAGGACCUCACACUAGGUCCCACCUCCUAAAGGUUUCAACUCCUUCCUAGAGUGUCACCCUGGGGUUCAGGUCUUUAACACAUAAGUAUUUGGGCGACACUCAUCCAAACCAUAGCAACCUCCCUGGCCUCUAGUGCUGGAGGUCAGUUCUUACCAGAAGCACUACUAAAGGACAGAGUAGCAGCAUGACAGCCCUGAAGAGAUACUCGAGGACAAGGGUGAGCAAGGCAGCAACAUACCAGGAAAGACAGAAGCGGAAAGAAUGGGCUUGCCUAGCUGUGUCCUUGUCCUGGAGUCAAUGGCAGGCUGGGUCACUGGACCAAUUAUAACAUGAAAAACCAACACUGUUGAUGGCCUACCACAUACUAGGUGGUGAGUGAGUGAAUUACUACCCUCUUCUCUGUUGACCCUCUCAAUAACCCCAUGUUAUCAGCCCCAACUUACAAGUGAGAAAGCUGAGGCUCAGGAUUACGUAGCACAUUAGAGGCAAAGCCAGUACUCAAACCCAGACCCCUACAUUUCAUAUGGUGUUUCAGCACCAGAGCAUCAUAUGAGAGAGGGAAGGGAAGAGCCAAUAAACCUGCCCAGGAGCUGUGUUGCCAACUCAGGUGUCUUUGAGCGUCUUCUCAGUAAGAGUCUUGACUUCUUGGUGGCUGUUGAUACUUCCUGGCACAGACAUCAGCAAUAACAAUAUCAUCAGCAUCAUUGUCAUCAUUUUCAUACUUAUCUUUAUUUUAUGAUUAUAAAGGGGGAAGAAAAUUAAAUAAUAAAGAAUCAGUUUAAUGUCUAUCACUCCCACUGGACUGUCUCUCUGAUACACUGCAUUUCUGUCUGGAACCUUAUACAUGGUAAGCGUGCAAUAAACAUUUGUUGAGUGAAUAAGUGAAUAAGCAGUGAAUUGAAAAAAUAAAAAACAAACUCUUGGAGCUAAUAAGUUCAUCAAAUUUUCAGGAUACAAGAUUAAUAUACAAAAACCAGUUAUACUUCUAUGCACUAAAACAAUCUGAAAAUAAAAUUCAGAAAACAAUUUUAUUUAUAAUAACAUCAAAAAGAAUCAUUCAGUAAUAACUUAGUCAUAUAGGGGUAAGACUUGCAAAGUGAAAACUACAAAAUAUUGUGGGAAAAAGUUAAAACAUUAAUGAAUGUUCAUGUAUUGCAAGAGGUAAAUACUACCUCUUGUUAGGAGGUAAAUACUACCCAAAGCAAUUUACAGAUUUAAUGCAAUC